AUCGCCUGCAAUGAAAGCGAUAAUUCAGAGAGUUACUCAAGCCAGUGUGACAGUUGGUGAAGAAACAAUUAGUUCCAUUGGACAGGGACUGUGUGUCUUGGUUGGUAUAGGCAGAUAUGAUUCAACAAAGGAACUGGAAUACAUGGCAAGGAAGAUUUUAAACAUUCGCUUGUUUGAUGGGGAAGAUGGGAAGAGAUGGAAUAAGAGUGUGAUUGACAAACAGCUGGAGGUCUUGUGUGUCAGUCAGUUUACACUUUCUGCUGUUCUCAAAGGAAACAAACCUGACUUCCAUGAAGCCAUGGGUCCAGACACUUCUGAAAAGGCAUAUCAAGAGUUUCUACAGAUAAUGAGAAAGUCCUACAAUCCUGAUAAAAUAAAAGAUGGUAAAUUUGGGGCCUACAUGCAGGUACACAUACAGAAUGAUGGCCCAGUAACGAUACCUUUGGAAUCUCCAGACAAUCUAGUAGAGCAAAAAAAGAAGAAAACAGCCUUUGUAGCGCCAUCUGUCCAGUCACUCUCAAUAGCUGCUCCAGAACAGGGAGACAACUCUGGCUCUUGACAAAUGGAGAAAUUUUUAUAACUUAAAUUUUAAUUUCUUUUUGAUGCCAUGAAUCAGAAAGACAUCCAUUUAUAUUUGCUGUUUAUUGAUACCAUGUAUCAUUGGCUGUGCAAGUUGUUCCCAAAGUUGUUGAAUAUAUCAAGCUACACUGAUCAUGUUGAUGAAUUGACUGUCUUUUAUGUAUGUUGUAGUGCAAGUGAUCUCCAAAAUAAAAAUUGUCCCUUUUUCGUAAAUAUUUCUUUUAUUUUCCAAUUGAAUGUACCAUUGAAAAGCCUAUUUAUUACGUGACAUUUAGCAAGCCAACUUUAAGCAUAAUUGAAGCAAGAUUUCAGACAUUCUGCCUUUUGGUCAACAAAAAAUAAAAUGAGUGUCUUA